AUGCCUGAGCAGCUAUACAAAGAAGAAGUGGAGUCGGGGAACGACCCGUCAGUCAGCAAACAAUACGACCGUGACACUCCCAAGGAUGUGCAAUGGAAAGAACUCUACGAGCUCAUCGACGGCAAGCACAUCAGCCUUUUGAACACGUAUCGCAAUGGCGUUGGACCCGUUGGUCGGUCCAUGGCGAUUGCCAAACGUGCCGGGCCGGAUAUUCUCUAUCUCGCCCACAAGGACUCGAGGAAGUUCCAGGACAUUUCGAACAACAAGGAGGUCCAGAUCACUCUUCAAGACAGCAAGACGCAGGACUGGAUUUCUAUUACUGGCACGGUCACGACGACGGCAAAUGACGAUCCGCGCAUCAAGGACAUCUACAGCCCGGGCGUCAGUGCUUGGUUUGGCGACUUGAAGGACGGUGUCCAUGAUGGAACGGCGAAUGAUCCGCGCAUGGCUCUCAUUGAGGUCCAGAGCAAAUACAUUGUGUACUGGAAGAAGGAGGUGUCGUCGUUGGGGUUCUUGAAGGAAGUAGGAAUGGCCGCCUUGACUGGAGGUGUUGCGCAGACCGGGGUUCAGCGAGAGUUCUCUAGUGAGGACAUCUCCAAGGAACGCCAGUGA